AUGGAAGAACCAAGAAUUACACAACUAACAGUGAACGACUUUAAAGAACUCUUGGGUGGUAACCCUUUUGACAUCCAUGUGAAGCAACAGAAAGAUGAACGCUUAGAUAGACUACCUGUCCUUAUAACAACCAACAACCCCUUGACAUAUUAUGUAAUGGACGCUGAUGGCAAAGCCAUUUUGGAACGAUGUUUCUAUUUCAAAUUUCAUGUAAAGAGGAGUAUAAAGAAGAUUGUACACGGAGCUCCGCUCAUUUCUCCGCUCGCUCUCGGAAUGGACGAUCAAGCUCAAGGGAGCCCUGUGUAUGGUGGUAAUCCACCUAGUCCAACUCUAAGUUUUGAACAUUGGGUUGAACAGCAAAACCAUCAACCGCCAAGUCCGGAUUUAUUCAUUGAUACAGCUGUGGACGAGGAAUUUUGGACUUCUCAUCAAGACAACCCCGCUGAAGCGGACACUGUGCCUGUGGUUCAAACACCCCCUACUCAAUAUCGACCACCAAUGUUGGAUUUGAGUAAUCUUUGGCAUUCAAAAAGAAGACAGCUAUUCAGCCCAGAACCAUCUACUCAGGACAAUAACAAGUUGUGGACUUUUGUGUACCGAGGUCAACCACCUCGAUUUGAACGUGGAACACGUGCUAAUUGCCUCUAUGUGGACCAUGGAGACCACUACCAUUUCGUCUUCGAAUGUUGUCCGCAAAACAAGACAAGGACCAUCCAGCGACUCAUUGAAAGUGGCAAUCUAGACAGGCGACAAUCCAUGUCAAUCAUGGCAACCGUACAACCGGUUAUUAAUUGGAACCACUUUGCAGCCUACUUGGUACGAGCUGCCCAAACACCAAUAUGUUGUGUCGGAAAAAAAUUAGAACACUUACGCGAUGAUCUCUACAUGGUGCCCAGAGAACGCAAGGACUGUGCCACACUGUUGAGAGACGACAGAGACUCCAAACAGAAACACAAUAACAUCAAUGGAAAACGUAGACGGGAACUAAUGAAAGGAUUGAUUGAAGCAUAUGACGCCAGAAGCUACAAUGAGUUCUAUAUGGCUAUGUCUUGCGAAGACCGGGACGAUAUCUACGAUGAAUAUGGACCACAGUGGAAAGAGACAGCGGAACAUUCAAUCAACAACUAUAUCGCUGGUAUGCUAGCAAAACAGCUGGCUAUGAGAUUCGAAGAAGUACUGAUGGGAAACUUUCACAAUAGAGAAUGCCAACACCCAGCGGAUACUCUGGACGGCGAAAGAUGGCUCGAUCAACUGAUGUGGGUAAACCGGAUCGACAAAAAACAAUUCUUAAUUGACCUGACCCAAAUUAUGAACAAAGCAUACAAACGGAAAAACGCUUUUGUAAUCGAAGGCCCUACAACAACCGGCAAGACUUUAUUUGUUAAACUGAUCGCCGAGAACUACAUCUAUGGAACUGUGCAAAGGUCCGGAGACCACAGUCAAUUUUUCUUAAUGAACCUAUUGAACAAGUCUCUCGGACUGAUGGAAGAGCCCAGGAUAACCCAAUUGACCGUCAACGACUUUAAAGAAUUACUCGGAGGAAACCCGUUUGACAUUCAUGUGAAGCACCAAAAAGAUGAACGCUUACAACGGCUACCUGUGUUAAUCACCACCAAUAACAAUUUGGUAUACUAUGUAUUGGACCCAGAUGGAAAAGCCAUCCUAGAACGAUGUUUCUAUUAUAAAUUUGUUGUAAAAGUAGGGAGUGAGGAACUACCCGAACCACCUUGUCAUCUAU